GCUACACCCGUCGGUGUGUCAGACGCGGAUCCACCAGAAGUUUUGCGCCUGACCCUCAUCAUCUCGCCCGGAGUAUCAAAUCUGCGCCAAAACUCCAUCAGUUUACGGUUCUUCUGGGUAAUGGAACUGGAUAAAAUGGACGAAAACGACUGGAAAUAUCACGGGGAGGGGAACAAAAGCCUGGUCGUGUCUCACUUGCAGCACUGUCGAGUUCUCCGUCUGUUAAAGUUUCCCUCUGAAGACUCCGCACAUACACGACAGACCGCAGAACAAGCUUUUCGACACAUCCUCAACAUUGUGGAUUAUAGUAAAUAUGUCAUGAAGCCUUUGUUGGGGGAGAAAUACGUUCACAGCGGAGAGGUUGUCAAACUACCGCUGGACUUUGUGAGACAGCUGUCGCUGAAGGUCCAACAAGAACGACCUGAACUGCGCUGUGACAAGGUCAUGGACACAUUCAGCGGGUGUGGUUUAUGCCUCCCUAACCUGACCCAACUCCGCCUCCACCACCUCAGAGACCACAGACCUCCAAUAUGCGUCGAAAUCAAGCCAAAAUGUGGAUUUCUACCCUUUUCCAGACACAUAACUAAGGAAUGCAAACGCAAAGUUUGCAGAUUCUGCAUGCAUCAGCAUUACAAGUUAGCCAAUGGGAAGUGGAAGCGAUUGAGCAGAUAUUGCCCCCUGGAUCUCUUUUCAGGGAGCAAACAGAGAAUGUACGUUGCAUUGAAGAAUCUGUUAGAGGAACCACAAAACAACUUGAAAAUCUUUAAGGGCGGAGAGUUGAUAUUUAGCUGUAAAGACGACGCCAAGCAGCAACCCGACUUGAAUGAUCUCAUUCAGCACCUUUGGCCUUAUUUCCCCCAUAGUAACGGCCUCUAUAACAGCCACCAGCCUGGCAAAGCCGUCCUCAACGAGUUCAUUCAGGUGAUCUGCUCCUCCCUGCUCAGCGGCGGGGACUCGAAUCGCUCGGGGGAGCCCAGGAAGAUGCACCUGUCCGAAAGCAGGCCGCACUGUGAAGCCAGUCCCUUCCCAAGAGACCUGCUCCGCAACGGUAACCAUGGCCUCCCUAAAGACAGCGUCCUUUCAAAAAUCCUCCAAGUACAGAUGCUGGAUAACCUGGAUAUUGAAGGAAUCUACCCUCUGUACAAACGUGUAGAGCAGUAUCUAGAGGAGUUCCCGAAAGAACGAAACCGACUGCAGAUAGAUGGGCCUUAUAAUGAGAGUUUCAUGGACACAGUUAAAAACUGUCCCACUGAGGAUGACGGGUCUGUAGAAUAUGCUGUUGGGAAGGUUCAUCAGUAUAGAGUUGCAAUGACCGCCAAAGACUGCUCAAUCAUGAUCACGUUUGCACCUUGCGAAGACGACGAGGAGCACCAGUUGAAUUUGGAGAAGCCGCGUUUUACGUAUUCCGUUUCCAUCCUGGAUCUGGACCCCAAACCGUACGAAGGCAUCCCUCACCAGUACAAGCUAGACACCAAAAUCGUCAACUACUACCUGCGGAGCACGCAAGCUCCGCCCCCCUCCAGCCUAUAUAAGGAAAGGCAGGAGUGCACGCUGCUCUUCCAUGCUGUAUGAGACGCCUCCACAAGUGCUGCUUGGGAAAUGCGUAGAAGUGAAAUUGAAAUAGUGAUAUAGUUUUGUUAUUUUUGUUUGCUAGUCUGUCUAGCUGUUUGCCCUCCCAGCAUGUUCUGCGACGUGAAGUUGGCAGCGACGGUGGCAUUUCUGGGCUGUUGCUGGGACGACCUUUUGUUUUUCUUUUUAGAGGGUGAUGUUCUCACUGGGGCUGGUCUCCUAAAGCACAGAAUACCUGAACGAGUCAGUCAUUGGCUAUAAAAAGGGAGGACAAGGAGGUUGUGUGUGUUUUUGUGCAGUGCUGUUGGGUGUUUCUCUUACGCAGCAGCGCUACUGUGGUUUCCAAGUGCCAAAAAGUGGCUUACAGCGAUUUUCCCUAAUGAACGUUUUACCAUGCAUCAACUUGGCUGUGUCAGCAGUCGCUGUACAGGCAGUUUGAAGUUCAAAGGCAGACAAGUACUUGAGUUUUUAGUAAGACUACAUCCCUAGAGCUCCUCAAACCACUGACCCACGGCGAGCUACAGUAGCAGAAGUUAUACUGACAAGCACAGACCUGUUGCAUGCUAGCGAAUGAGGUUGCGCUAACACUGUCACUAUCCAUAAUUAGAUUUUAUGAAUUUGAAGAUGAGUCUAAUGAUAUUACUCUCUAUUGAAAGUGUAUUUUUAUAACGCACGCUUGCCUGGCGUAACCGUCUACCGCCGCCAUAUACAAAUCGAAGUGUCUUAUUAAAGAAUAGUUUGCACUACAUAAACAUUUAGCCAUCGUUUACUCACCCUCAUGUAAUUGCAAAUCUAAUCAAAAUGGCUGAAUCAUUUUUCUGUAGCUCGGCAGUUCAUUCUAACCAGGCGUUUUGUCCGUAUUGGACAAAACGCUGCUGGGUGUUGAGCAUGUAGUAAGUGAAUGAAUGAACAACAUUUUUGAACGCAAGAUCAUCAGUGAAUAACUACUUCAGUUUUGAGUGAAGAACACGCUUUUAAGUUGUAUGGACUACAUUUAUGGUGCUUUUUAUUGGACCUUCAAAUAUGUGGAAAAACCUGAAUAUACCGACAUGAAGGUGUGUAAAUAAUGAUUGAAUUUCCAUUUUUGGAUGAACUACUUCUUUAAAGCUAGUCUAGUAUCAUCUCAAACUCCACUUCCCCCGGGAAAAACUGCUGUAAAAUGCAAAAUCGACUGUGCCUGUCCAUCUACAACUGCUCUGUCUUUGAGUUCGACAUCAAUACACUUAGUCAUCUGUUUUGAAAUUGCAGACUAGAAAACAACUUGAGGAAUUCAUUCCCAGCAGUUUUAUUGGCUGUAAUUGUUUGCAGAGCAAGACAAAUUUCAUAAGUCGGCCAAAUAUGGACAGCAUGGCAGUUAUUGUUAGCACAAUACAGAAGUAAGUUGAUCCAGCAGUUUUUCAGAAUAGCAGUAUAUUGUGCCACAGAAAUGGCAGUGUUGAUUUAACAUUGUGUGCAAGUUUAGCGCCUUUUACCGAAAAACCAAUGACGGUUAUGCAAAUUUUACUGUGCGACUUCAACACUAAAGAUGGCACCUCAAGGUUGCCAUUUUCUUGUCAUGGGAAAUAUUACUGUUACAAAAUACUGUGGUGUGAGUGAUACUCAUUCAUGCUUCUGUUUACCUCUUUUACUGUGAUGUUGACUGCGUCGGCUUGCUCAACUCAAAGCCAUCAAUGCAGUUCUCAUCAGGUGAAUAGUGUUUGAGUUUUACAUGGAUGAACAUUCAACAUUGCCAAACUGUGUUGACACUCCCUUUUGUCUUAAUGUGAACUGGUGUCAAGAGAAGUAUUAUACGCCUUACCUGUGAGCGAACACGCUUUCGUUGUCCAACUAAUGGCGUUUGUUUGACUGUCAUGUUGCUCAGUUUUAAUGUGUUAUAUUGUAUCUGAUUAAGUGCAGUUUCUCCACACCAGACAUUGCUGUUUUUGCCUUCGUUUUAACACCAUCUUUCCCCUUACGAACCAAUGAACCAGAGAUAUUAUGAGUCUGAGGUGGUGACAUUGUGUUAUUCAAAUGAAAUAAAGAUCUAUAAUCACUAUGUAGGUAGGAAUGGACAUUAAUUCUGUUAAGCAAGAAGAUAAAGGAAUAUCACAGUUUCUGUGAUGGAAUCUAAUGUUAAAAUUUAACUGUUUGAAAAUACAAAGUGGAUUUUGCUGUCAGACAUUUUGUAUUUAAAAUUAUUUAUUUUUCUAGCUCUUGUCUAAUGAUGUAUAUUUACAUACAGUGUGGGCAUAUCAUGUGUAAAAAUGAUUGACACUUACAGAUGGCAUCAAUAUGUAGUUCCUAACGGGUGAUUGUACAGGUGUUUAUAUCAAAUAAAAUGAUUAGAUAUGAAGUUCUGAUGACAUGAA